CCGACAUUCAUUCAUUCAUUCAUUCAGCACACGCACAUGUAUUAUGUCUCAGACUGAUCAAGGCAGCAUACAUAACACAGGCCCGCCAUAAGCACAACCCUACCAGCACUGUGCACCACAACACACGGAGACUACUCUACAAGGCAAAUGCAGUCACGAAUUGUGGCGGCCUUCCUUCAAGUUCUCUUUGAAGCCAUUCGCAUGCAAUGCAUGCCCCCAGCCGACAGACACAUGGAUCCACGCACCGGCUCAUUGCCUUGUCCUUCCAACCAUGAACAUCAGCACUGGACAAUGAAUGCCUCUUCAUUCACCACAGCACAGCGAGCCGUCCAUCUAUUUAUUGGCCUGAAGAGACCGGAUUGCUCAGCAGCGCGGCGUACUCCCAGAGUUUGUACACCCCCGGCAGGACUUGUAUGAACACUCGCUGCAGCUGGAUCGGCCUCUUCUCCUCGUCGACACCAACGAUUCUCGCCUCGUCGAUCACGCCCUUGAGUAUCGGCGGGUUGUCAAAUGGAUACUUCUGCAGACAUACAGGGCAGAGCGUCUUGUUUGCAUCUGUUCGCGCGUGUUGUGUCAUUCGUGUCAUUUGACGCACUUGUCUGCCCCAAGGGGAGACUUCGUCUGGGCAGUCCUGUUGAGAGAUGCUGUAGUCGAAGAGGUACACAGGCUUGUCGUCCAGCCGCUGCGCUUUGUCUGGCAGCAGGCCGACAGUCGCCUUAGCGGUGAACCAAGUGAACUGACUCUUCAAGAUCUGCAAAGGACCCACAUGCAGACAGACAAAGACGGCGGCAGCAAGAGCAUCAUACGAACACAUGAUCAGAGCAACUUAAUUACGUUUGCCCCAUCGAGAGGGUUGAGCAGGAUGAAGUAGAAGAAGAGGUCUUUCCCCUUGCAGUUUGUUUUCUGCAUGAAGGAGCCCUCCCAGACGAGGCCAAACAGCUGGGCAUAAAGCGAGGACAGCGGCUCGAUCAAAUUGGCUGCGACGACCUCCCCAUAAGUGGGACCCUGCAGGCCAUGUGAUGUGUGCAGGACACAACAAAACGCACGCACAAGAGAUGACAGACGCAGAGCGAACGAAUUCGUCUUCCUUCGGCAUGAGCAUUCGCACCAUUAUUGGCUCGUCCUCAACACACCCUGUGUCAGUCAGCAGACACACAAGCGUGACUCACUGCAUCUGUCUUGGCCGUGAGCUGAAUCCCAUGCAUUUUCUGCUUGCCUCUGAUGAAGAUGCUGUCCAGGUCGGCCUGCUUUCUCUUCCGCAGGUCUUUGAUGUCGUUGACGGGCCAUUCGUCAGGGUCUCUAUCGAGACAACCGCCGCUCACCAGGCAAACAGCAGACAGCAGGGGCACCAGCAGAAGCCUCGCACCGAUCAUCUUGUCAUGCGGGCUGCCUGGUUGGCAGCAGUUUGUUGCUCC